AUGUUUCCGUUGCUCAAGGAUACCCAGGCUUGCACAUCGCCGCGCACACCUCCGCCGGUCUGUAAAGACGGCCUGGGAAACCAUGCAGGUUCAUGCAAGCGGCUGAGCGGCUUCACAGACGCUGCGCAGACCGUCAGUCGUGCGUCGGUGCGCCGGCUGGCUCGCAGGGCAGGGGUGAAGCGCAUCGGUUCCGAGUUCUACUCCGAUGCGGAGGGGAGCCUGAGGCGCUUUUUAGGCACCCUCGUCGAGGACAUCGGCGUCGUGACGGAGCAUGCUCGUCGACGCACGGUCACAGUGGGCGACGUGCUCCUGGUCCUCAAGAGGAAUGGCAGGACCUUGUAUGGCUUCGAGGAGAAGCAGCGCAAGAGGCGGCUCGUCCAGCGGUUGCCUCCCCACUCCCUGGCGGAGUCGAUGGCCCGCGUCUGCAGUACAAGUUCUGAGGCACAGGGCGAGGCGACGAGCAAGUCAGCCUCGAUGGAGCGUGGUGCACCGACUCAGCAUGUCACAAGGCCUCCCGCAGAGGUGGCCGUAGUAGCCAUGGCCGGGAGCAAGCCCACGUCCAACGGCUCGGAGCCAGGAGUGCCACAGGCACAGCUGGGUCCCCGCACCCCUGGCCCCAUGACACCACACCGCGCUCAAGACAUCCAGAUCGGGCUCAGCACCUUCAGGGACAGCGUGCUGGAGCGCCAGGCGCGCAGCUGCGCCCCCGUCUCGCAGGCCCUGGAGUGGGUCUCGGCCGAGCUGGCGCGGACAGGGAAGGGACCCUGCUCGCGGACGGAGUUUGAGGUGGUGCUGGACGCUCUGGACCGGCGGAAUGCCAUCAUGCUGGAUGGCGACGCAGAGUCGCCAUCCAGGACCCUGUACUUCCUGUGA